AUGGUUCUAAGAUCGGGUUCAGAGCCGUUGACAACAACGGAAUUAGAUCAGGCACGUAUACGCUUGGAGCGUCUUGCACAACAGGAAGCGUUUCCGCAUGAAAUAGCCGCAUUAGAAUCGGGGCAGCCAAUUUCAAAAUCGAGUUCAUUGAGGACAUUAAAUGCAUUUUUGGACAGUAAAGGAGUGAUCAGGGUGGGCGGCAGGCUUGCGAACGCACCAAUUCCUUACGAUACAAAGUAUCCUGUAAUACUUCCGGCCAAGCACCCGUUUACGGAAUUAGUUAUUAGAUGCGUUCGAGCCAACCCUGUUAGCGAAACUCACCAAAUGGGUCAGCUACCUGCAGCUAGGGUUACCCCAUCACGACCUUUUUUCACCUGCGGUGUAGAUUAUGCGGGUCCAUUUUACACAAAGGAAAGAACGAGAAGUAAAGCGGUACACUUGGAACUAGCGACAGAUUUAAGCACAAAUGCAUUUAUUCAAUGUUUAAGAAGAUUUAUUGCGCGUCGAGAUGGUAUUGAAUGGAAGUUAAUACCUCCACACGCACCACAUUUUGGUGGUUUAUGGGAGCGGGCAGUUAGGUCCGCAAAACAUCAUGUAAAACGCGUAAUCGGGGACCAACGUCUUACAUUCGAAGAGUUGUAUACGUUGUUGACACAAGUAGAAUCCUGCUUGAAUUCCAGACCCCUUUCUCCCAUGUCCUCAGAUCCUACCGAUUUCGGUCCGUUAACACCUGGACAUGUCCUCAGAUCCUACCGAUUUCUGUCCGUUAACACCUGGACACUUCUUGAUCGUUGCUACAACAAAUGUUCCAACAUUUUUGGCGACGGUGGCAAGCUGAAUGCAUCCAUGAGAUGCAACAACGAUACAAGUGGCGCAGCAUCACCAAACAGAUAA